UCGGAAAACGUGCAGAGUCCAAUAGAAGGGAGAUGCAGACCACCUCCCAGCCUACUGAAUACGCGACCCUUUUUUAGCGCAAACUUUCACUGAAGUUUGCACUACAUUUUUCAUUGUCAAGGACGCAAAAGUUUACAAGUUGCAUCUGGUGUAUCCCAACCCUCCCCACCCCGGUCGAUAUCAGAUAUUAUUUUUCCUUCCCUUUCGAAGAAUAACAAGCGAUAAUGUCGUCUGUAACUCCAACUGGUAUCAGACAGGAUCAGAAAAGGCACGAAGUCGCCGUGAUAGCUCCCCAGUUUAAAAUGAUGGACUAUUCUUACGACGAGGAUUUGGAGGAACUUUGUCCAGUCUGUGGAGAUAAAGUUUCAGGAUAUCAUUAUGGCCUACUUACAUGUGAAAGCUGCAAGGGUUUCUUCAAGCGCACAGUUCAAAAUAACAAGCGGUACACGUGUAUAGAAAACCAGAGCUGUCAGAUUGACAAAACACAGAGGAAGCGAUGUCCCUACUGUCGAUUUCAGAAAUGUCUCAGUGUUGGAAUGAAGUUGGAAGCGGUGAGAGCCGAUCGCAUGCGUGGUGGACGCAACAAGUUUGGACCGAUGUACAAGAGAGACCGAGCUCUAAAGCAACAGAAGAAGGCCCUUAUCAGAGCCAAUGGACUUAAAAUAGAAGCCAUGUCUCAGGUGAUGCAAACCGCACCAACAGAUCUGACAAUAUCUUCGGCCAUCCAGAACAUUCACUCAGCUUCCAAGGGUCUACCUCUGAAUCACGCUGCCUUGCCCCCUACAGAUUAUGACCGAAGUCCCUUUGUGACCUCUCCAAUUAGCAUGACGAUGCCACCACAUGGAAGUCUUCAGAGCUAUCAGGCUUACAGUCAUUUUCAGAGCCGCACUAUCAAAUCUGAAUACCCUGACCCUUACACUAGCUCUCCAGAGUCUCUCAUGAACUACUCGUACACGGACACUUACCAGACAAAUUCCCCGCCUAGUUUCCCCCAUCUAAUAAUCGAACUUUUGAAAUGUGAGCCAGAUGAACCACAAGUUCAGACAAAAAUCUUGACUUACCUACAACAAGAACAAUCAAGCAGGGGGAAACAUGAAAAGCUUAAUACUUUUGGCCUUAUGUGCAAAAUGGCAGACCAGACCCUCUUUUCCAUUGUCGAAUGGGCUAGGAGCAGCAUUUUCUUCAGAGAGCUUAAGGUGGAUGACCAAAUGAAGCUUUUGCAGAACUGCUGGAGUGAACUGUUAAUCCUUGAUCACAUUUUCAGACAAGUUGUACAUGGAAAGGAAGGCUCAAUCCUUUUAGUUACGGGGCAGCAGGUGGAUUACUCACUAAUAGUGUCCCAAGCUGGCACUACUCUGAAUAACCUCAUGAGACACGCACAAGAUCUGGUGGCCAAGCUGCGCUCACUCCAGUUCGACCAGCGAGAGUUUGUGUGCCUCAAGUUUCUCGUUCUUUUCAGCCUAGACGUCAAGAACCUGGAGAACUUCCACCUGGUGGAGAGCGUUCAAGAACAAGUGAACGCGGCGCUUCUAGACUAUGUCAUGUGCAAUUACCCCCAGCAGACUGAUAAAUUUGGACAGCUCCUUCUGAGGCUACCAGAAAUCCGUGCAAUCAGUAUGCAGGCCGAAGAGUAUCUCUAUUACAAACAUCUUAACGGAGACGUGCCCUGCAACAACCUCUUAAUCGAGAUGCUUCAUGCAAAGCGGGCGUGAAUGUCUGGCACCAACUUCUCCCAUCCCAAAAAAAAAGCAUCCCACCCAAUCCCCAGUUCCUACUCAUCAGCCAACAUCACUUGUGAUCAAUGUACCCAACCCAGACAAACAUCCCUGAGUGAUCCAACCUGGGUGACUAUGGUGGGCCUCAGAUAUUUAGGAGAUGAUGCCUAAACCGUAUGUUGUGGGUGCUGCAAGACCAAGGUGCUCAUCUUUGGCAAAGAAACUUUUAAAAAGCCAGAUUCUGACGGUGAAAUUGUUUAUGGGAUAAACUGAGAGAACAGCGCACUUACAUCUAAGCAAAGGGGGGGGCCUUAGUGACACUUUGGAAAUGCCGUCUAUAUUGUGGGGACACGGUUGAUUUGAGUGUUUCCUGUGGUUAUUCAUACAGGCCAGAUUUCCUUGAACUAUGGACACCAAUCAACCAGAGAAAGUCAAAAAUACUGGUGCUUUGAUAUAACGUCCACCCAUCUCUCUGUGAACUGCCCCAGGGUAAAACCAGGUGGGAUGCCCUGCAAAAACUGUUAGAAGAGACUUGUUAGGUAUCUGCUCUGAAGCCCUUCUCAGACUUGUGUUUGCAGCCAAAAAUACACUUGUUUUGUUUGAAGUGGGCAGUGUUCGCUCCUCUAGGUCAUUGGGGGUUCACUAAGCACAGUUGUACUUAAUCAUUCUCGACGUCAGACUGUGAGCUACAGUUUCCUCCUGUUUCACCAAAUUGAUUUCACAUUUGACCACAACACCUUUAUGGGACAACGGGUAGCUGCUGGUUAACAAUUUGAGAAAUGUGAAAUCCUCUUGGCCUUCAUCCUCAUCCUUGUCUCCUUGUCAUGGGUGUUCCUCUAUUUUAACACAGCCACUGUUAAAAUCAAACUUAAUGUAAAGUGUACAAUGGUAGCUAUGUAGAAUCUGAAGAAAGGAAUAAAGAGUCUUCAUCUUCCACCUUCAACUUAUUCUAAUUAUUAAAACAUGGAAAAUGAAAGCAUGGACCAGGCAUGACCGCAAAGACGAAUACUGCCCCAGCCAACACUAGACCAAAGCCUGCUGCAGAAGAAAACGUGGAAUUAUUUAAAAUUAAAAAAAAAAAAAAGCAGAAAUAUCAGUAUUAUAAAUUUGUGAUGUCACAGUUAUGUGAGUCUUGCCUUAUUUCAUGACCAUGCUAGCUAACCAUGCAGAUGUGAAUUUAAAUACAUGUUUAUGAAAUAAAAAUAAAAGAUAUAAACUAUUAAUGUUGUAAAAUUUAAAAGAUGCAAAAAGGUGUUUACAUGUGUUAGGUCCUGUGGGAGAGAACUGUGACGAUGCCAAUUGCAAAGCAAUGAUUUUCUUAAUUUUUUUUUUUUUGGUUUUCUUUGAUUGGUAAUUUUUUUUUACCAGUACUUAAUUGUCGUGAGACACUAAAAUCAAAGGAGUAAUCUCACUUAAAGCUUAACGGUGAAAUUGUGGACGCAUGAUCUUGUGUAUACAUUGUACAUUUUCCUUUGUUGUUGUUAUUUUUUUUUUUUUAAGACUGUUUUUGGGUUAUUUCAUUAACUUUACUUUGUAUUGUAUGUCAUCAUUUCCUAUCCUUACAAUUGUAAUGCUAAUUUAUUGUUUCUGUUCCGUCCUUCUGUUCAAGACAGGGGGUGCUAUCUAAGCCAAAUAUUUUUUGUUUACUGUAGCAUGUUUAUAAAGAAAAAAAACACAGUGGCAAAACACAGUUCAGGGACAUAACAAUGAUCUUAAAAGAAAAACAGCGCAGUUCAGUGAAUUACGUGAUUGAAUCUCACAACUGUAAAUUGAAAAAUUUAGCAUAUUUAAAUCUGUUGUAAAUGAUGUGACUUACUGUUGCGUCUCUUUUCUAUGCUCAAUUCAAAAAAGUGAAAAAGCUUAAUUCUUACAUCUUGGAGUUGUCUUGUGCAUUGUAUAUUCUAUACCAAAGACUGUUAAGUAGAUUUUAUUUUCCAUGCUGCCUCACUCUGACUGAUCCAACAAACCGAGAUUUUCCUACGCCAUAGGUGAGAUGGAGCCACACACACUGUCAGCUUUUCUGCCUACAUCUUAUGGGACUUUGUGAAUCCUGGACCUUCCACAAGACUUCAGGAACUGCAGUACUGAGUGGGCCCUCGACCAGGACCUGGGAAAAAAAUCUGGGGGCUGUGGUGAGUAUGCAGGGUGGGAGAAGAAGAAGAAAGGAGACUUCACUAAAUCUCAGGCAGAUUCUUCAUCCUCUCGGCUCAGGAGCGACAGCCGGUGGCAUAAACAUCUUGUAGGUAUUUUAUAAGAGAAAAACUCAUCCUAAGGGCCAGCAGUGCAAUCAAUCUCAAGUUGAAAGGGACUUGAUCUGUAUUAUCACCUUGUCAGCAUUCCUCAAAGGAGUUCACACUCAAAAUAUUGGAGGAAAGAUCAAAUAAAAAGAUUUUUUUUAUAUCA